AACCCUAAAUUCAUUUCCCCCCUCUCUCACAUUCCUUCGCCAGUUCGCCGACCAAGCCCCUGCAAAGUGCAAACCAUCAGUGGCAGAAGACGAGACCGCCGCAACGACACCACCACAGAUGGAAGAAGAACAGGACUCAACAACCGUGCAACCACCGAGGGAAGAAGAAGGAGAGGACGCAUCCCCGAUCCGACCCGAGUCCGGAGAAGAAAACGCAGUCCGACUCGAAUCGGAUACAGCAACGGUCCAAGCCGUAUCGGCAGAAGAGAACACGCAACCCCAGAUCGAAGAAGAAGAAGAGGAACCACCGGUGGUUGAAGAAGACGACGCAGCCAUGACCCGACCCGAAUCCGGUGAAGAGAACGCAGUCGGAUCUGAAUCCGAAGAAGAUAACAUAGCACCGAUCGAAAUCGCAUCGGAAGAAGAGAACACCGCAACGGUCCAACCCCUAUCAGAAGGAGAGAAGGCAAAAGCGAACCGACUCGAACCGAUCCGACUCGAACUUCCGACGGGUCGGGUCAAGAAGAUAAUGAAGCUGGACAGAGACAUCAACAAAAUAAACUCAGAAGCCCUACACCUGGUCUCAUGCUCCACCCAGCUCUUCCUCCAAUUCCUCGCCGAGGCCUCCGGCGAGGCGGCAAUGGAGAAGAAGCGCAAGAUCGUGAAGCUCGAACACAUACGGACGGCGGCGAAGAGGCACCGGGCCACCAGAGAUUUCCUCGUGGAUGAGCUCCCCGUGCCGUCUCAGCCGUCCGAUCAGAAGUCCGCUGAUCGGAGCCGCUCUCGCCCUGUUGCUGACAAUCCAGCUCCGGCUGGCACUCGCCGGAUUGAGGACUUCUUUAGUAAGCCAGCAACUAAAUCCCCUAUUGAGGUUGAGGAGUCCUAGAUCAGUAGAUCUUCAUCUUUGUCAGUCGAAAAACAAAGCACACAAUCGGAAAAGAUCUGUAUGAAUUCUAGGAGACUUGGAUUUGAAUUUGAUUCCUAUCUGUGUAAUGACUUUCUAUAUUUCACAUGAAUUGGAUAUUUAUGAUU